AUGAAGCUGUACAAGUUGCCGAUCGUUCUCUACGAGCCCUCGGAGGACACCGAGUACAAAUACAUGGCGGAAGUGCCUGCCCUGCCUGGUUGCCGUGUGUGGGGAGAUUCGGUGGGAGAAGCGCUGGACUACAUCCGAAAUAUGGCGGAGACGUUUGUUGAUUCUUACCUGGACCGAGAGACUCCCCUGCCUGAGGAAGUAGAGUUAUUGCUUUACGAGCCUUCCGGAACGGUCAUCCACGGUGAGAUUAUAGUCACGGCGUGA